AUGCGGUUUAAACCGCACUACACCGCACAUUAUAAAAUACCAAUUUUUAUAUGGUUGUUCUUGGACGAGGAGAAUAGUUGGAAAAAGCUAUGGCAGCUUGCUGUUCCACCUAAGGUUCGCCAUUUCUUGUGGCGUGCUUGCUCAGGUUGUCUUCCAACCAAGCUUCAGCUUCAAACAAAACAUGUCAACGUUGAUCUAUUGUGUCCAUUUUGUAGCAGGGAUCAGGAAUCAAUUUUCCAUGUGCUGCUGGGUUGUAGUUUUGCGCGCUCCUGCUGGUUUUUUUCUGGUGUGGUAGUCCCUGCUUCUUUGAAUAAAAGUCGAAAUGCUAAGGAAGUAGUGAAGUCGGCUAGGCUAGUCCUUGAUCAAUGGAAAGUUGUUAAUCUCGAGUCACCUAAUGCUUAUUUUGCUACGGGUGCUGCUCUUGGAAGCAAACUGUGGCGAAAACCAGAUCAAUCAACAAUCAAGGUAAACGUCGAUGGAGCUAUAUUCGAAGAUCAGCAGAAGUUUGGCUUCGGGUACAUUGCUAGGGACUGUUUUGGUGCUCUUAUUGAAGCUGUUUCGGGAAGUAGGACAGGUUAUGUUCUCCCUGAGAUUGCCGAGAUAAUUGGUAUCAAGGAGGCGCUAAGCUGGAUUAAGAACAAAGGAUGGGGUAAGGUGGUCGUUGAAUCAGAUUCUUUAGUUGCUGUCCAAGCAAUUCAAAGCUCUAUUCAUAUGCCAUCUCAAUUUGGUUUAUUGGUGGAGGAUUGUCGUUUAAUUUUGAAUUCUUUAAAUAAUGUUCAAGUUUCUUUUGUUAAUCGUUCUGCAAAUAAGGCUGCCCAUAGUAUUGCUAGGGGGUCUUGUUUUUCGUCAGAUCGAAUCUAUUUGGAGUCUAAUGCUCCCUCUUCUUUGCGUAAUAUUGUAAUUGCGGAUGCUAUUUGA